AUGGACGCGCGCGAGCGCGCUGCGGCCGAGAUUCGCGCACACCUCGCGGCAGAGACGGGGGGGGCGCCGGUCAGCGAGCAGUGGUGCGCGGAAUGCGUAGCGCAUUUAUCGGCGAUGCAGCCGGCGCUAAGCGACGACCAACCGAGUUUGCUGCGUGCAGUACGCGCGCAGUUUCUCGCGUCGCAGCUCGGCGACUCGUUGGAGAGAGGCGUGCUGGGCGACGAGCUGCCACAGAGCGCGCUCCUCCAAAUUACGGCCAUGACCGACGUAGGUGUCUCGGCACAGACGCUGCUGGAUACCUUGUAUGCGCGGCGGAGCACUCAGGCGAUGCCGCCGUAUCCCCGCAACAUGCUGUGCAUGGAGCUCAGCGACGGAUUCUCCAAGACGAUCAUGGCAUACGAAGAUGCGCAUAUUGGCGCGCUCGUGCUGGGCGAGACGAGGCUCGGCGCAAAAAUCGUGGUGCGCUCGCUGCGCCGCGAAAAAAACGGCGUCGUGUUCCUGCGGCCAGAAACGACUAGUGUGCUGGGCGGCGCAGUGCCGGAGCUUGCACGAGACGGCGAGCGCAAACUCGAGCUUGCGCUGUGUGCCAAGCUGAAUGUUGCGCCGAGUGAUGGGCAAAUGGGGGCGGAAGGACGUUGGUCGGCCAGCGCAUCUGCCCCUGCGAGUGCGCCUGCGAAUGCAAGUGCAUCUGCGAAUGCAAGUGCAUCUGCGAAUGCGAUCGCAUCUGCGAAUGCAUCUACGCAUACGGGGCCUACGCGCACCGUGCCCAAAGUCAGUCCUGAGUCGACCGAGCCAACGCUGCCUGGAUCCAAUCCAUCCAGGCCCAAUCUGUCAGGACCUGCUCUGCCGAAUGGCACGCGCCAAGACCCCGCCGCCCCGCGCCAACCUGCGCAUGUGCCACCCUCUGCACCUUCCGCCGAUGUCCAUGUACUUGCGCAUGCGCCUUCUACAUUCGCUAUGGACGUGGACCCUGCUGUGGAUCCCCACUCGGAUGCAUGGGACCUCGACGCCGAAGCGGCGCUGCUCGAGGCCGAGCAGGCCCUCGUCGGUGCCCCGGCGCCGACGCCCGAUACCCAAGCGCCUCCUACGCAACAUACCCCCACGGCGUCGCAGCCCAAGUCGGAGCUGCUGCGCCAUCUGGACGCGGCGCCGACGCCCCCCAGCCAGCCACGUGCAACACCAUCCCGCGCGAGUGGCGAGGAGCGUGCGCGACUCAAGAUCUUACCCAAGCAGCCCACGCCGACCCCCCGUGAGUCACGCGCCGCGGCCCCGAUUGAGCUCUCGUCCGACUCCGAGUCCGAGUCAGCGGCGGCAGCGUACAUUGUGCUCUCGGAUUGA